AUGGGUAACAGCAAGAGCGGUGCCGUGUCCAAGGAGAUCCUGGAGGACCUGAAACUCAACACCAAGUUCUCAGAGACUGAGAUUUCCCAGUGGUAUGAAAAUUUCAAGAGGCAGUGUCCAACAGGGCGCAUCUCAAAAGAGGAGUUUCAGUCCAUCUACAGCAAGUUCUUCCCAGAAAGUGACGCCCAAACAUAUGCCCAGCAUGUCUUCCGCUCCUUCGACACAAACGACGAUGGCACACUGGACUUCAAGGAGUACAUCAUCGCUCUCCACAUGACGUCAACAGGGAAGACCACCAGGAAACUGGAGUGGGCCUUCUCGCUGUUUGACGUGGACAAGAAUGGAUACAUCACCAAGUCAGAGGUCAAGGAAAUCUGCACGGCCAUUUUCAAGCUGAUUCCUAAGGAUGAGCUGGCUGACCUAGCUGAUGAUGAAAACACAGCUGAGAAGAGGGCAGAUAAACUCUGGGCCUUCUUUGACAAGGGUGACAAUGACCGAGUGGCAGAAGGAGAGUUUAUCCAGGGAGUGGUGGACAAUGAUGAAGCCCUUCGUUUGAUUCAGUAUACGCCUGGGAAGUAA